AUGACAAAAUGUGUCAGAGAGGAACUAAUACAAGCAGAGGAAGAGCUGGACAAUGCCUUGGCAGAUGGAAAUGAUGUGGAAAAAACGGCAGUGAUCGAAAACGUCAUAGACGCGAUUUUAAAUGUUACUUCUGCCAACAGUAGCGAGUCUCUGUCUCCUGGUGAUCUCAUCAAGACCACCGCCAUACUUGCAAAAAUGGUCGAUAUUCUUGGAAAUAACGUCACAGUUAACGAAACGAAAUUUGUAGGUAUUAUUGAUGAAAUGCUUUCACAAGAUACAGAAGACGCGUGGACACAAGUUGACACGGGCACAGAUGCAAGCAGCAUGUUUUCAAUUGUGGGUAGCUUAGGCGACGCCGUCGGAGAAAAUCUAACACCUGGCGAAAAAAUAGAAAUAGAAGGAAAAAAUAUAGCUAUAAAAAUUGAAAAACCUAGCACAAACGUUGCAACUUUCAAUACAUCGAGUUCGGAGAUAUCAUUGGACUUCACCGCCAGCGCAGACCAUAAUGUAUCCUACACCGCGGCAAGGUACACAACAAUAGGAAAUCUCCUCCUAAACAAAAACAGGGGAGGAGAAUGGUCUACAGAGGGCUGUGGAUGGGUAAACAAUUCCUGUCAAUGUACUCAUCUCACUAGCUUUGCUGUCAUUAUGAGUCCUGUGACAACAUCGGUUGGGCACUCCUAUGUUCUUCGGAUCAUCAGCUUCGUUGGAUGCAUCCUGUCCUUAUUAUCAACUGUGACAACAAUGGCGGUGUAUAUAAAAUUAUGGAGGUACGUGAAAGGUGACCGAAGCCGUCUACUACUCAAUCUGUGUGCAGCUCUCACUGUGGCCUAUGUCGUGUUCAUUGUUGGUAUAGGAAAAUCACACGAUGAUGUAUUGUGUACAACCAUUGCGGCACUUCUCCAUUAUUUCUUCCUGGUGACGUUUUGUCUGAUGCUGGCGGAGGGUAUUGAGAUUCUAAUAUCUGUCAAAGCUGUAUUCCACACAAAAUCAAAACUCAAAUGGUUUCUUCUACUGGGAUGGGGUUUACCAGCUUUAGUAGUUGCAGUGACUGUCGGAGUAACCUUUCACGAUGAGUACCAUUCCGAAUUCCAGUAA